GAUAACUGAGCAAGCAUAUGAAAAUCCUCCAAGGGCUCUAAAUAAUUUCCCAGAAACAAACUACUGCAGUGACAGUGAAAAAAAGACCAGCAAAUCAUCAUAUGGUACCUAUGACAAAAAUAUAACUGGAAAUACUAUCAAAACUGUUUACUCUACUUCUGAUCGGAGUAUAAUUGGAAAAGAUAUAUGUACAUACUGCAGGAAGCCCUUGGGCAUAGAUGCCAAAAUGAUCUUAGAUGCCUUGCAAAUUUGCUGUCAUUCAACCUGCUUCAAGUGUGAAGUAUGUAAAAGACCACUGGAAGAUCUGAAGGCAGGAGACAGCAUUUGGAUUUACAGACAAACUGUGCAUUGUGAGCCUUGCUAUUCCAAAGUUAAAG